UUCGACCUCGACAUCUCCGGCGUCGCAGGCUUCUUCGGCGCAGACGUCGCCAUCUCUGCCAUGGCCACCGUACACGUGUACGCGGGCAGGCGGUGGCUCGGGUGGUACAAUCAACCCGGCAGCUACGAGGUCGCGCGGCGUUACGGCCAGCUUGCGCGCUCCUACUUCUGGGACGCCCUCUACCCCGGCCCGAACGGGAACCCUGCU